UCUCUCUCUCUCUCUGUUAUAAAGUUGAAACCUUUAAAGCUUCUGCUUUUGAUGGGCUAAUCUCGGAGAGAACAAUGGCCGACGAAGGGAAGAUUUUCGCUCUUUCCGAAGUCUCACAGCACAACCACGCUAAAGAUUGUUGGCUCGUCAUCAAUGGCAAGGUGUAUGAUGUCACCAAGUUUCUCGAGGACCAUCCCGGUGGAGAUGAAGUUCUCUUGUCUUCAACAGGUAAAGAUGCAACGGAUGACUUUGAGGACGUGGGUCACAGCGAGAGUGCAAGAGAGAUGAUGGGUCAGUACUGUGUAGGAGAGAUCGAUACCGAGACCAUCCCCAAGAAAACAAAGUACACGCCUCCUCAACAGCCACAUUACAAUCAGGACAAGACCUCCGAGUUCAUCGUCAAGAUACUCCAGUUCCUUGUACCACUCGCCAUCCUCGGUUUAGCUGUCGGUAUCCGCAUCUACACCAAAUCAGGUUAGGAUUGUUGUCACUCCCUCCCUUUUAGAGUCGAGUCUGAUGAUAUAUUGACAAAGUCCCAUCCCUUUCCUGUUCUUGUUCUCUAUAUCUGGUAUUGUCCAGACAAUGUUGUGUUAUACUGUGUUACCGCAGACUUGCUGUAUUGCCUUGUGCAAAGAAACUAUGAACAUAUCCGAGUGCUCUAUACCUCAAUGAAAAACCCUUUCUUUUGAUUCACAAUGCAA